GGCCUGGCCCCGCGGCCGCUGCCGCCCGCCGGGACGGGACCGCCUGGACCGCCGCCGGGCGUCAGGCCCGAGGCGGCGCCCCGCACCUCGGAUUCGUCUCCACUCGGUCGCGCGUAUAAUUCUUCUAUGUGAUCUCCAACACAAAGUAGAAGAAACUGAGGUACUGUGAAAGAGCAAAGUAACUGGGAUUGAGAAAAAAAAGGAGGUUCCAGCAGAACUCACGUCUCUAGUCUUUGGAUCAAACCAGUGGCUGAUGUCCUGGCCCGCAACUUCCACGAUGGGUUUCAGCAGCAGGUUCCCUGGGAAGCAGCAGCCGCCGCCGUCAAUGCCGGUCACUCAAGAACCAGGCAUCCCAAACACCCAGCCACACACCCCGGCCCCGGCCCAACGUGUGGUCCUUACCCUUGUAUUCCUCUGCCAACGGCGUUAAGUCAUACACGUAUCCCAGGUAAGACACCCAGAGGUCUGCGGGCUGGUUGUGUUCGGCCACCUCUGCCGGCGUGAAAUAGCGACGCCGGAAAUACUCAAAGUCUGGCCCAGCCACUAGGCCCCGGCGCGGCAAGGCUCUUGCUCUGUGGGUCACCGACUCCCUUAGUUGCAUCCUUACUUCUCAGCAGACAUUCACUACUACAUCCUCCCUAUCGUCCAACAGCUCAGGGGAGCGCGUUUAUCUGCUGACAUGGAAACCAUUGUCCUUUUCCGGCUACCGACCACUGAGAUUAAACACUGUGUGGGCUAGGAGGGGCUUAGGCUGCGCGUGCUCACGGGAAAUGUAGUCGGACCUCGGCAUCGGGAAAUAAGGAUCAAGUAAUUGAGUUGCGUCCUCAGGAGAUCUGGGGGAAAGCGACCACGAUCCAGUGGCCUGAGCUGCACGGGAUAUUUAGGACAGACUAUCUCCCAAGGCAGAAAAACAAGGGGCGGGGGGUGCCCAACAGGAAAGAAGGUAUUCUGGCUAACCUCCAGAGUCUCUGAGGGCUGUGUGAGAAACUGAGGUCAACUGCUCGCGAUAUCUUACGACAUCGGCGUAAUAAGCCCCACUGAGCCACAGCGCCGAGGAGGAGAAGCUCGCGAGAUCCCUGCAGUUGCCGAGGAGACUAGGAGGAGGUGGAGAGGUGAUCUCGCGAAAGGAAAGAGGUCGGGAGCGCUCGCGAGAUCUCAGACCACCGGACCCGAAAGGUUCUUUGGAAGUUGAAGGCCCUAGAGGAGGCCCCGAGGCAAAUGGCCGGAACUGCACCGACCAUGCUACUACGAGAGGAGAAUGGCUGUUGCAGUCGUCGUCAAAGCAGCUCCAGCGCCGGGGACUCCGACGGGGAGCGAGAAGACUCGCCGGCUGCACGCGCCCGGCAACAGCUAGAGGCGCUGCUCAACAAGACUAUGCGCAUUCGCAUGACAGAUGGACGGACACUGGUCGGCUGUUUCCUGUGCACCGACCGCGACUGCAAUGUCAUUCUGGGCUCGGCGCAGGAGUUCCUCAAGCCGUCGGAUUCCUUCUCUGCCGGAGAGCCUCGUGUGCUGGGCCUGGCCAUGGUACCCGGACACCACAUCGUUUCUAUUGAGGUGCAGAGAGAGAGCCUGACGGGGCCUCCGUAUCUCUGACCACCAUCGCGCAUGUUUUUCAGACUUCAUUAAACCUAUGACCGAA